UUCUUGAUUCGCCAUGGUUGGUCGUCUUCUGGUGACGUUGGCAUCGAUGGCGUCCGCCGCGGCCCUGGCGUCGCCCGGCGUCGCAACGGGCGACGGCUGGCACGUGACGCCGGUGCGUGGCAUCCAAGCGCGCGUCCAGGCCGGCAUCCCAGUCUACGACGAGCAGAUGAAGACGUGGGUGGCGCCGUUCGGCAACACGUUCGAGGAGCGCCACCGCGCCGUGAUGGACACGGUCAACACGGCAAGCGUCGAGGGCGCGCUCAUGUACGUGCAAGCCGAGGGCAUCAACGCCAAGACCAACCCGCUCUGUCGGCGCAAGAACAACAUGGCGUACGUCUGGUUCAUGGAGGUGCACGUCGCCAACUCCAAGGCGACGAUCGCCGAGUUUGAAAACAACUGGGGCAUCUCGCCCGAGUUUUGCUCCUUCGCGGCGCUCGACGGCGGCAUGUGCACGCCGUACAACCGCGCCGGGUCGCUGCCGCAGAUCUGCUACGAAUACAACGGUGCGCAUGGCCAGCCCCACCUCGGGCCGUGCGUCGGCGGCGAGCCGCGCACGUCGGACCCGCGCGCGCCGUACCGCGACAACAUUUGGUUCUCGUUCCCCAACUCGUGCUUCACCAAGCGGUUCCCGCAAAAGACCAACGACUGCCGCAAGCAGAUCCCGGGCGGCCUCUGCCCGUAUGGCACGCUCCCGGACGGCGUCACGUGCACGUACUCGCACCGCGUGCUGGGGUACCUCAGCCUCGACGACCUCGUUGGCAUCACGUCCAUGGUCAGCAACAAGACGGGCAAGCCGUACGCCAACAAGCGCGAGUUCUGCCUCGACGGCAACGUCGAGCAGCUCGACAACUUUACCAUUCCGUUCUGGAACAACCCGACCGACCCGGACGCCAACGCGGCGCGCGCCCAGCAGCUCAUCGACUUUUACCAAAACAACGUGACGAUGACCGACGAGCGCAUGGAGCCCUUCCCGGCACUCGACGACCUCUCGGCGCAGAACCCGCCUUGCUACAUGAACCUACCGCAGUGCUCGGAAGGGUGCCGCCGCAAGCUCUACGCUCAGGUCUGCGAGCCGUGCACGCCCGACGUCCCGGGCUGCCAGGUCAAGCCGCCGGGGUAUAGCAUCCCGCAGCUGCUCAAAGCGUGCCGUGGGGACGAAUGCAAGACGUCGCCGUGGGAAACACUGCCGCCGACGCAGGCGCCCACGGAGGCCCCGACGCACGCGCCCACGACGCCGGCGCCGACAGAGACGGCCGUCGAGAUCAUGACGCAGGAGAAGCCCGUGAGUGCUGCUGUGUCCGCAGCGCUUGGCGCGUCAGUCGCGCUGGCUGCUGUCGCGCAGGCAUUCCUCUAACCUCUAAAUACGAGUCGUAUAAAGUCCUA